AUGAUUGCUACCGACACAACGCAACCCGCCGAAACGGAGCUCGCCGCAGCUCCCGCAAUGGACCCCGAACUCCUGCGCAUACUGGAAAGCUUCGACGAGCUCAAGCUCCCCCCCCUGUCAGCUGAGGUGACUCGCUACCUAGAAACCGGUACCCAUGGACUAGCGCAGGCAACUGGAAAGCUGGCGCGUCUGGAGGGAAGGGAGUCGUGGGGGGGCGACGACGGGCGAGGAAACCUGCUGGAUAGAAUUCAGGGGCAGCUGAAGAGAGGGAGCCCAUGGCUGAAGGGGAGUGCGGACCGGAAGAAGAGCAAGCGGGACGCGCUGGCGCACGCGCAGCUCGCGUGCGACCGCCACGUGUCAGGCAACGUCAGCCCCGACCGCUGGCCUUCCCCAGGCGACAGCUCCUCUCCCCCCGGUUCAAGCCCCUCCUCUGGCACCUCUACCCCCCUAGAAGCGCGCUCGCCUGAGCGCUCCCCCUCGUCAGAUACCCCCACCUCCGUCCUCCCCUAUGAACAACCCCCCGACCUGAAAAGCGACCCCCUCUCGCUGGACGAUGAACAAACGGACCGCCCAGAAACAGAGACGGGCGGCGAGGGUGCGAACAUGGACAUCGGGGGCCUUGACACUGGACAGCUCGCCACGGACGACCUGGCCCUGCCAACGCACCUGCGGUGUCAAACCUCGCCGCGCCCCGGGCCCCAGUCGCUCCCCUCGUCGCCGUUCCGUUCUUUGACACCGACGCGGUCGCCGCUGGGCCUGCUCUCGCGGGCCUCCCGCUCCUCCCCCUCCAGCCCGGAUUCCUGUGCCGCCGACCGGAAUUCCGCUCAGCUCGAGCGGAACUCCGACCACUUUGAGCGGAGCUUCUCAACGGAACCGCCCCCGAUGCCCCACCGCCGGAGGAACACCUCCGGCUCCGGCCUCCGGCGCGCGCUCUUCUCAGUCGCCCACAGCUUGAAAUCGUCGUUGGGACACGUGGCAAGGCCCCAUUUGUUGGAACACGUGGCGAAACCUCAGCCGAUGGAUGCGGCCGCGGUGGCGCGACACCUCCUCGCCCCCCCCCGGAAAUUGGCCCCCGGCGUCCCGAGAGCCAGCCCCCCAAAUCGGAGGAGAGCGUUCUCUCAGCCGCUUCAGCCUUCAAAAAGGAGCCCCCAGUCUUCGUUUCAAGAACGGGCGACUUUGGGUCGGGGGGGUCCUUUUGCCUGGGACUCCCAGCCCCCGGCUGCAAAGAUUAGUCAAAUAGAGAGCGGUUCGGAGGAUAGCGGAUCGGAGCAGAUGACAAUGGCGGCAGUUCUCGAGGAGCAGCGACUGGAGCGGCUCCGUUCGGAACGCGACAAAGCGGAGAACGGAAACGGAACGGUAGAAGAGGACGAGCGGUCGGAAAUGGAGACAGACGACGGGGGCUACUUCGCGCCCACAAACUGGAAGGCCGCGUCGAACCCGAUUCCAGUGCCGACCGGGGGGACAAGGUUCGAUGGGAAAGGGAUCGAAAACGAGGACGAGUGGAUGGAGUGCAUCGACAAGCAAGUCGUGAGCGCGCCGUUUUGGAGAGAGGAGGACGGGGCGGUAGAAGUGGAGAAACGGGUCACGGAGAGCCCGGUUUGUGUCCCGGUUGGAGCGCUUAGUGUUCCAAUUAGUGUCCUGAUUGCUGCCCCAGACGACGACUGCUUUCCUCCGUCAGUUGGUGACAGUUCUGAGCAAAGGGAGACGGGCGAAAAUGAGGCGGUUCUAGGUCUGGCGGCUUCGUCUCGAUUCGAUCAGAAUGCAGAGAUGGAAGCGUUUCAGACAGAAAGCAUUCUUCCGGGAGGGUUCGUGGGGGGUGACGAGAUGGGCUUGGAGGGCUCAGAGCAGGCACCCCCCUGCCGCGACGUUAGAGUAGAUACCGCUGAACGGAGUACUGUUCUCGCUCAGGAGUGUCCAACCCCGGUUGCCGUCGAAGUGACGUCACAAAGCGAGUUCACGCAUUCACCUGAGCACGUUUCGCUCCCUCGAGUGCACUUCUCAAGGGCGACUUCCGUCGCGAGAGCUCUCAUUUUCGACGCCCCUUCUCCCGAAGUCUCUCAACCGGGUGUCGAAAGAAAGUGGCCAGUCCCAACGAUCGACGUCACAAGCCCGGCCGGUGCUUCAUCAACCGGCCAACACAGUCUCACGCGCUCCACCCCGCCAAGCCCCCAGUCCCAAACCCCCGAGCCGACCGCGCCCGCGCCUGCGUCGCGAGCCCUCGAGACCCUGUUCCCAAGCCCCGCGUCUCCGGGAUCCCUUUCCAGAAACCUCGAAGCCCUGCGCCUCGGGGGGAGCGCGGCCGCGUGCCGCGCGCGCGCGGACGUGCCCAGCAACCCGGAGGAGUACGAGGCGCAGCUCAAGGAGGCGCUGCCGUCGAUCUACCAGAAUGGCCACUUCAUCGGACGGUCCAGAAGCAAUACGCGCGCGCACAAUCACACCAAAUUGGGUGAUGUGGGACAGAGAGAUCGGGGGAUGUCUCCGGGCGCCCAGCAGCACUUCAAGUUGAAGUGGACGAGGGAGAAGGCAGGUGCACCGGGGGAAAUUGACGAAGAGCGGUAUCAGAAGGCGUUGUUCGGAACGGCGUUGGACUGA